AUGAAUGGUGAUUAUGAGGCGGUUAUUUUCGACAUGAAUGGAGUGCUGAUGAAUUCAGCGGCUAUGUGGAAAGGAACGGACUGGGAAAUGCAAAAUGGAAUUCCGGCUGGGAGUUUGAUGCGAGUUCUGUUCAGUGAACAAUUUCGAAGACAGUCGAAAACGCUGUUUAGCGGAGCGAUUAGUGCCGAAACAUUCGAUAGCACAAUUUUUCAGGCGCUUUUUGAGCAGAUUGUUGGUAAGAGUUAUUUGGAUGGUCGCAGACGUCAAUCAUUUCACGUAUUAUCUGACUGGUAUCCGUCAGAUCCAACGCAAGGCGUUGUAUUUGAAGAAAUGAUGCGUGCCGUUAAAUUGCUCAAACGACGAGGAUACGGCACUGCACUUCUGACCAAUAAUUAUUUCAUUGAUGAUGCCAAACAGAAACCAACCGUUCAUGUGGACACGAGCAAUUUUGAUGUGGUCGUUGAGAGUUGUCGAUUGGGUAUAUGCAAGCCAGAUGAGCGAAUUUAUAAGUUUACAUUAGAUCGUUUGGAAGUUCCCGCAGAGAAAAGUAUUUUUAUUGAUGACUCGAAAACAUUUUGCGAUGCAGCUAGCCGAUUGGGAAUAACGACCAUUCACGUGAAUAAAGGUGAUACGGAUGCCGCAUUGAAGCAGCUCGAAGAAUUGUUGAAUGUUCCGUUGAGGUGA